CGGAAAGCAAGGUAUGUGUGCGUGCGUAAAUGCGCGCGCGCGUGUGUAAAAUAUAUAUAUUUUUUAAUAAAUAUAUUUAUAAAUAUUACCAUAUAUAUUGUAAUUUAUAAAACGAUUAUAUUCAUUCUCGUAUAUACAUGUGCAUGCGCGCGCGCACACACACACAUACACACACAUACACACAUGCACACAACAAUUUUAAUUAAUACAUAAUUCGUGAAAGAUUUUUUUUUAAAUAUAUGUGCAUGUCUUCUAUUGACAGUAAAAAAUUUUCCGUACAGCUGUAUAUGCAUACAUAAUCAAAUAUUUCUAUGAUAUUGUUCCUAUUCUUAUGCGUGUAACAGACGACAAAUUACAUUUUCUAAAAGCGUGAAGAAUGAUUUAUGAAAAUGUGCCCAGGGGGCUAGGAUACGAACUUAGACACCAGCGAAAGUAUGCCUUACGUUUUCUUAAAGGGGAUUCUUUAAAAGCGAAACUUUCAAAGGCUUUGUUGACUCUUUGGUUUUUACCUUUGUAAAAUUAUGCGAAAACAUUGUUCGUCGUUUAUUCCCAUCCAUGUAUUCCCAAGGUUAACCGUGGUUUCUUCCUUUUUUGCGAGAAUAGUCAUUAUAUGUAUAUUACUAUAUAAUUAAUGAUGUAAGCUAUAACGUGAUGUAACUUAUAAAGAAAAGUAGUUUAUGCGUCUUUAGCCGAAUGUCUUACAUAGGGCCAAACCAAAUUUAGCCAAGAUACCGGAAGACAUUCACUUUCUCCGAAUGAUAGAUAACGAAGUUAAUGAGGCUAAAAAGAACGGAGAAAGACGGUUAUUGCAUUAUCGAAGGAAAAUUUUACGCUUUUUUUUUCUUUCUGUGUCAAUAAAUGUACGAAAUACAUAUAAAUUUACGAAAUAUAAAUUCUUACGAAAUACAUAUAAAUUCUUACGAAACAUAUAUUAAUAUUUAUACAAAAUGCCUAUAAAUUUAAAUAUCAUGUUCUCUAUAAUCACUACUCCAAACCAAUUUUGUCAUCAAUAUAAAUAAUAUAUAAAGAAAAAAUUUAAUUCUUUAUUUUCUUAAAUUUCUUAAUAAAAUGUAAAAAAUUUAAAAGUAAAUAAAAAUAAAAAGUUUAUAAAAUAAAAGAAUUAACAAAAGAAUUUUAUUUUAACAGUUUAUUAAAAUCAUUUUGUUAUUUUAAAAUAUAAUUAGUAACACUAAAUACAGUUUUGCUUGGAAAAAAUACAGAUUAAGACUAUAUUCUACUAGAAACUCUAGUUGUAAAAAACCUGUAGAAUGCAAAAAUAUGCAUAAUGUAUAUAUUUUUUUGCUUUUAUAUCUACCAGUGAAAAUUAAUCAGGAAAUUGUCCAUCAUUCGAAGAAUUAUGCGGGAUUAUAUCUAAACAACUCUCUAUGUCGCGAUGGCCGAUCGCCGUUAAAUAAACGAGAAUCUGCUCGCGGCUUUGUCGAUAUGAUUCCCGUUGUAUGUAUGCGUAAAUAACGGUCUGUAUGUAUACGUCAAAGUUUGCAGUUCUCUUAAGUCGAUAACGCGGAAGAUCUAUUCUAUUAGAAACGCUCGCGUUGUAGGAUUGGAGGAAACCGAUGGCGAGCGGAAGUCUCGUUCAACCAAGUCAAAGGCCGAACAAGAUCUACCAACAUGGAAUGGAUUAUCACUCGAAGUAGAAGUAGAAGUAAAAGAGUCUGAAGAAAACUGAAAGAGAACUAUUUCUUUGGUAGACAGGGAAUUCUUUCAAAACGCUCGCCGAUAGCAGAAAUUAUGAAAGUCGAAAUACUUUGGUUGCUUCUGGUCAUCGCUCGUAUCCACCCGGGCAAAUGCAAUGUCUUCACGGAGUUUUUACGCAUCGUUAUUCAAGGCGGAAGGGAAAAUAUUGAUAAAAUGGGAAUUUCAUAUCCCGUACAGUACAGUGGCGUAAGAAAACAACCGAUAAUUCCUGACAGCGUUCCGUUUCCUUGCAAUGUGCAUCUCGGCAGGUCUUUGUCGAUACCAGACAAUGUACAUCGAUUGAGACCGGGUGACAUCGACGUGAUCGGUGGUCUCGGUGAUUCCUUGGUCGCUGGAAGCGGGGCGAUGGAGGAGUUUGCUGUAGGGACCUUUAUCGAGGCGCGCGGUGUCAGUUGGUGCGUCGGGGGUCAAGGAAAUUGGAAGCGAUUUUUCACGCUUCCCAAUAUUUUAAAGGUGUUCAAUCCGAAAUUAACAGGUUACUCUACCGGAACGGGGGAGUUCAUCUCGAGCGCGGCGAGACUGAACAUCGCUUUUCCGGUCGCUGCUACGGAGGACGCGUUACAGCAAGCGAGAAUCUUGGUGCAGAGAAUUAAAAAUGACCCGAAGAUAAAUGUGAAGAAACACUGGAAGCUCAUUACGAUCUUAUUUGGAGCCAACGACAUUUGUUCGGCGCAGUGUUACAAUCCGCAACAGUUCUCGCCGUCGCGUUACCUCCUGCAUUUACGAAGAACGCUCGAUUUUUUAAAGAUUGCAUUACCCCGCACGCUAGUCAAUCUGAUCCCAGCCAUAGAUGUCACGGUGUCGAUUAGAGUCACGCGAAGUACUACGUGCAAUAUAUUGCAUCCUCUUUAUUGCGCCUGCAUGCACAAGGGUAGUCGACCGGAAAUCGCAGCGUCGAAAAUGUCACGGCUCUAUCAGCAAGCCGCUGAAACUUUAGUGUACUCAGGAAGGUACAAUCAAUGUUCAAUGCAUGUCUUAUUUAAUCGACAAUAUUUAAUAAUUAAUUCAUUAGAGUUUAUCGUAUCCAAAAGAAAUUUCUCACUGUCUCCUAGUUUUCGUACUUACGAAAUGUUAUAUUUAUAUCUAUUCGUGUUGAUGAAAUAUGUGUACAAACUUAAUAAAGACAUGAUUUUAUUUUAUAGAUACGAUAAUUCCGCGGACUUCACCGUGGUGCUGCAGCCAUUUAUUAAAUCAUUUAAUGCACCUAAUGCAGAUCCUAUUCGUGCUCCACCCAUCGACUCUAGUCUGGUCACAUAUGACUGUUUUCAUUUCAGUCAGAAAGGACACGCGCUCGGCGCUAAUCUUUUGUGGAACAAUAUGCUGGAGCCAGUCGGGAAUAAGACAGAAAAAGGAUUGCCUAAAAUAUUAGAAAAGGUACUCUGUCCUACGGAGAACGCGCCUUACAUCUUCACGAACGUUAACUCGCGGUUUUUCCAAAUGAGCGGCAGGCAAGAUGGAAUUGUGCCUAGAUAGUAUAAUUAUUAGUAAUUAGCCUAAUUUACAAAAAGAAAUAAUUACGAAGAAACUUAUUAUCGCAACAAGACGUCUACUAUUUGGGAGAUAAAAUAAUCUGUUAUUGAUUAUAAAAUUAUCGAUUAUAAAAUUAUUGUUCGCGGAAAAUUAUUAUUAAAACUCUAUCAUUUGAAAAAUAAUAUAAGUAAUAUAAAUACACAAUAACAGUAUAAUUUUUAUAUAAAUUAAUCAUUUUUAUUUGUAAAUAAUGGGUGUUCAAAUAAUUGAUACACUUAUACUAUGAUUUAUAUUCUAUUGUACUGUUAUAUAUAACAACUAAAUGUACUCGUUAUUUUCUUCGUUCGUUAUUUUUCAGAAAAACAUAGGAUUUGAUAACACUUGUCUUAAAACAUUUUUUGGGGCAAAUGUGAUUUAAAGCAUAAAAAAGUUAUUAGUUAAUUAAGUAUCUAAUGUAAAAAGUAGAAAGAUUUUUAUAAGCAAUAAAUUAAUUUUUUUUA